AUAUUCGCUUCCUUCGCCUCGCGUCCCUCCUCUCUGCUCGAGCUGCCAUUGCCAUCGUGCCGUCAUCCCUUCUCGGUCGCCCCGGUCGAGCGAAUCCGGUCUCUGACGAGGGAAGAGAGAGAGCAGUGAAGCAUGGCUGACAAGGCGGUGACCAUCCGGACGAGGAAGUUCAUGACCAACAGGCUCCUCUCCAGGAAGCAAUUCGUGAUUGAUGUUCUGCACCCUGGAAGACCCAAUGUUUCCAAGGCGGAGCUUAAGGAGAAGCUUGGAAGGAUGUACGAUGUGAAGGAUCCCAACUCAAUUUUUGUUUUCAAAUUCAGGACUCAUUUUGGAGGUGGAAAAUCCACAGGGUUUGGCUUGAUCUACGACUCUGUUGAGACUGCGAAGAAGUACGAGCCAAAGUACAGGCUCAUCAGGAAUGGACUGGAUACUAAGGUUGAGAAGUCCAGGAAGCAAAUGAAGGAAAGGAAGAACAGGGCCAAGAAGAUCCGUGGUGUAAAGAAGACAAAGGCUGGUGAUGCAGCCAAGGCAAAGAAGAAGUGAGGAUGUAGCAAUGCGCUAAUCUCAAAAGCCCAGAUGCAGCUUCCGGCUUCUCUUUAUUAUGUUUCCUUUCUUAUAUUUUAUUUGUCGAAUGCCAUUUUUCACAUCUUUUUGUCGGACUUAGAUUGGUCAGAAGCUUAAUCAUAUUUGCAGUUUUGGUUGUUCCGCAAAGGAUAAUUUUGAUUCUUGAAUGAUGACUCUCAUACCGAGCUGCUCAUCGUAGUCCAGUUCCAAAAUUCGAAACUCUGCCUGCUAAAAUAUUUUUACAGUCUAAUAUACUGAGAUCCUUCAAGUUAA